UCCCUUUCAGCCGAGUUCAGAAACUCAACAAACUCUGAAGUUUGAUCAUAUUAAAGUUUGUUUCCUGUCGACCUGCUGAACAGCAACAACAACACCAACAACACCAACAUGCUCCGACGGUGUGUUGUAAUCCUGCUUGUCGCUCUUGUUGCUGUUUCUCAGGCAGCUCCAGUCUCAGAUGGGACAACAGAUGAUGACAGAAGUGCACCACUGCUGGCCCACCUGAACGGAGGAACUACAGGUGAACCUGUAACUGCACAGCCAGAUCCUGCUGACAACAUCGACUCUGCUGAACAAACCGAAGCUCCCUCAGAGUCGGAUGAAACCACUGAGUCACCAGCUGCGUCGGACGACAGCGAUGGAAAAGAUUCCACAACGGAGGAAACGGACCGAGCUGAUGGUGAUGCUGACAGCAUCGACUCUGCUGAACAGACUGAAGCCGUGACUGAUGGCGUGGACUCUGCUGAGCCGUCAGAAGCUCCUUCAGAUUCAGCUGAGACGACUGAAGAUCCAGGUGUAAACAGUGAGGAGUUCGACACCGAGCUCAGUGAAAACGCUCCUUCAGAUUCAGCUGAGACGACUGAAGAUCCAGACGCCGAGGACACUGCUGCCGAGGAGGAAACUGACGUCAUCGCCACUGAUGACAACAGCGACGCUGACUCGACUGAAAACUCCAACGCUGAUGAUGUGUCUGACGCUGAGUCUGAUGCUGACGCUGGCGCCGACACAGAUGUGACCACAGCAGAAAACGACGACAAGACCGACGACGACAAGACCGACGACGACAAGACCGACGACGAUGGCGACGAUGUCUCUGACGCUGAAAGCGAGACAGACACUGAGGCGACCGUGGCAGACAAGGACAACAUCCAAACCGAUGAUGACAGCAUAGCUCUGAAGGACUUAGCAGAGGGCGGGGAGGCAGGGAGCGAGGAGCCAGAAGAGGAGGAGGUAGAGAAGGAGGAGGGGGAGGAAGUACAAAGUGAUAUGUCAGAGGAGGAGGAAGCAGAAGAGGGCGAGCAGGAAGUGACCCCAGAGGACGACAAGAGCGAGUGGAAUAAAGAUGGCAUGACCGAGGACAAAGAGGACAGUGAGAUGAGUCAGGCUGACGAGAGUAACGUGGACAGCAACGCUGACAGCGACAUGCCGGACGCCGAGGUCACAGAGGACGAUGAGAUGAACUCGGACGAUUCUGCAACGUUGGACACUGAGGAACCUGAGGAGCAGAGUCCAGAAACUCUGGACUCUACGGAAGCUACACCUGCCGACCAACCAGACCAGCCUGAUGACUCCACCCCUGCCACCACAAAGGCUGCGGUUUAGACGCUCGGCCUGAGACGUGGAAGCUCAGCGAUUCCAGAGCCAAGGCCACCGCAACCUCCACACCAGUCGCCAUGACAACAACAACAACAAGCUAAACUGCAAACAAGCUUCAGCUUUCUGUUCGUUUCUCUCCUCCACUUGUUUCUCAUCGGUUCUGUUUUUUUUCCUUUUUAACUUUUCGUCAGUGAUGAAGACGAAUCAGAAACCCGUCUGCCACCAGUCGACUGUCCUUUAACCUGUCUCACUCUCUGCCUGUCUGUCUGCCUUCAGUCUAAUGCAGAAACAUUAAAAAGCUGCUGAUCUCAGAUCUGCGCCGUGUCUGUGUCCACACAUGAACGUGUACAUACAGUCCAUCGUUUACUUUACAAACAUUAGUUCAUAUUUUUAAAACAAAGUGACGUCACAGAUCGAUCAUCUGUUCACAGAAGGAACUGCUAAUAAAGUUUGAGCUGUCAGAAACUCA